GAGGCCACGCCUCCUCGUGGAUGCCUUGGUUGUUGUUUCUACUCGCUCACUGAGCACCGGACGGGAUGGAGUAAAUCACGCCGCAGGGAAGCAUGGAGCCCACGGAAGAAACAUCGAGCAAAGCGGUCGACAUCUAUCGCGACACAUGGGUCCGGUUCCUAGGCUACGCCAACGAGGUGGGGGAGGCUUUCCGUCCGCUGGUGCCGGUGAGCUUGGUGUGGGGCAGCUACGCUGUGUCCACUGCUUAUGUCACUGCUGAUGCUGUGGACAAAGGGAAGAAAGCAGCUGUGGCGCACAGGGACGACCCAGGCCAGAAGAUGCGGGUGGUGACGGCGGUGGCGGACACGUUCGUGUGGCAGGCCCUGGCCUCCAUCGUCAUCCCGGGCUUCACCAUCAACCGCGUUUGUGCCGCUACGCUGCACCUGCUCGGCCGCACCACCAAAUUGCCCCUGCCUGUGCGCAAGUGGACCACCACGGCCAUCGGCCUCUCAACCAUCCCUUUUAUCAUCACCCCUAUCGACAGGUCUGUGGACUACUUGCUGGAUUCGAGCCUGCGGAAGGUCUACGGUCACAGCGAGAAGCAGGAAUAAGGAGGGACAAGGCGGCAAAGGAUUGCAUGGAGCCAUAAAGAAAAGGGAUUUUAUAGUAGAUCUUUAAAUUGUACUGUAUACGUAUAACACUAUGCAGGAGUGUUGCUGUUAAGAAUUAUGACUGUCUACUCAAGGUUCUUUUAAUGUUACACGGCAGGGAUGCACUUUGCAUAAAGCGGGGUACACGCAUACCGAUAAUUGGGUCAUUUCCAAAUUUUUGCUCUCUUCCGAUCAAGGUCAGCAAAAGGCAGAUUGUGAGAUGUCUAAAAGAUUAUCCUGAACAAGUAUCUUUUGGUGUGAGAUGUUGUAAAGGUCCUUAUCGCAAGUCUUUAUGUGUGUGCUCAACACCGAGUUGGGCCGAGCCAUAGAUUCCGCGAUUGUGACGUGAAAUGGAACGUUAGCCAAUUCAGCACGGUUAUACACACACACCAACAAACAGCCACAGGCCAAAUUUGAGCCUUUUUCAUGGCUCGGAAAGAUAAUUUUUUUCCCCCCUCUCUAGUCUGCUGGGAAAAUGGUCAGGGCUGACAAUAUCUCAAAAUAUUCGGUACUGUAUUUACUGUGUACUGUGUGGUCAACAUCUCCACAAUAGAAAUGACAGCAUUGCGACGUGGUUAGCCUAGCUUAAUCUAUUUCUUCUUCUACGACUUUUCCGGCAGUCUGGAUGUCCUAUGACACCGUGCUACCUCUCCCAGGUCAGUCUAGGUACUACGAACGCAUUGUUACGUGCGAGUAGACCACACACUAUUGGAGCAGUAAAAGCACACUUAAACAAUGAUUUAUUGUUUUUCCUUGUCAUGUGUCACAUUUUAAAGAUCGGUGUGUGUCCCUCGCCUUGAGCAAUACAUUGUGGUUCUGCUGUGAAGCAGUUUGCCACAGUAGUUCACUACCUUGUUCUUCACAAUUUCAAUUGUCUGGUUCUAUUCACCUCUUUAUCUCUGAUGCACUUUGAUUCUACCAAGGUGUUAGCCAUGGCAGCCAUUGAGCUUUGCACUGGGAACACUAUUUACUCCACAUUUGUGACACAGUACUGUGAAUGUGUGAGCUUCACACGUAUUCAUCAUCACUACGAUCUGUUGCCGUCUCCGAGCACAAGUUCGCUGUAGAGAAAUACUUGUUAAAUGGAGGGACUAGAGGUGUGGAAACUACGAGCUAUACUAGGGAAUAGCUGCUAUUUAGCAACAAUGUUCAAUUUUGUGAAUGUUUGACUUUAUUUGUAUGCCUUGUUAGCAAUAACUGUCAAUGCUCAGUUUUACAUUUAGUACAUGUUUUGGUGGUGGGGGAAGAAAAGCAACGAGGAAAAAGAAGCUAAAGGGAUUGCUCAUGGUUCUCUUUUCAUAUUCAGUGUUAACAUUUCAGAUUUGACGUGAUAGUUUUGUGGCAGCAUGCCACCGAUGUAAAGAAAUGGAGGUAUUUUUUGUAUUGUGGUUGAGUGUUGAGAUUUGGGAGGGGUUGCGUCUUAGCAAUAUUUUCAUCAUAACUGAACAUUACAGCCUCACUAGUCAUACUGGACACUCCCCCACUCUUUCACUGUUUGUAACACUGGAUAGAAAAACAAACUUGAUUGUGCAACUGUUGUGAAAUAAAUACUACAAUGAUGUGCA